AUGCCGCUGCAGGUUAGCAAUUACAGCUGGCAGCAGACGAGCACUGCGGUCUUCAUCUCUGUGCCCCUCCGAGGCGUCAGCGUCCGAGACGCGGACGUGUUCUGCACGGAAAAUUAUUUGAAGGUGAACUGCCCUCCAUUUUUAUUCGAGGUGUUUCUCUAUGCUCCUAUAGACGAUGAGAGCAGCAAAGCUAAGAUUGGGAAUAACACUGUUGUUUUCACCCUGCACAAAAAAGAAGCAGCCAUGUGGGAGACCCUUUCUCUGUCAGGUGUUGACAAAGAGAUGAUGCAAAGAAUAAGGGAGAAGUCUAUCCUACAAGCACAGGAAAGAGCAAAAGAAGCUAUGGAAGCAAAAGCUGUGGCAAGGAGGGAAGAUCAAAAAUAUACACUAAAUGUCAUGAUGAAGAUUGAAGAAGAAGAGAGGAAAAGAAUAGAAGAUAUGAAAGAAAAUGAACGGAUAAAAGCAACUAAAGAAUUGGAAGCCUGGAAAGAAUGUCAAAGAAAAGCUGAAGAACUUAAAAUAAUUCAGAGAGAAGAAAAAUUAUAUCAUCAAGAAAAGCAAAUGGAAGAAGAGAGAAAAAAAUUAAAACAUAAAUGUCUUACUGGGAAUUCAGCAUCUAAAAAUUUUGCCACAAAAGGGAGAAAUUCAGGAAAUAUAUUUUUUGAGAAGGUAAAGGAAGACAGUAUUCCUGCUCCUCGUUCUGUUGGCAGUAUUAAAAUCAGCUUUACUCCUCGAGUAUUCCCGACAGCUCUCCGGGAAUCACAAGUAGCAGAAGAGGAGGAGUGGCUACAUAAACAAGCAGAGGCACGAAGAGCAAUGAAUACUGAUAUUCCUGAACUUUGUGAUUUAAAAGAAGAGGAAAAGAACCCAGAAUGGUUGAAGGACAAAGGAAACAGAUUGUUUGCAACAGAAAACUAUUUGGCAGCUAUUAAUGCAUACAACUUAGCCAUAAGACUAAAUAAUAAGAUUCCACUACUGUAUUUGAAUCGGGCUGCUUGCCACCUAAAACUGAAAAAUUUACACAAGGCCAUCGAAGAUUCUUCUAAGGCCCUAGAAAUAUUGACACCUCCUGUUGCAGACAAUGCUAAUGCAAGAAUGAAGGCACACAUACGUCGUGGAACAGCAUUCUGUCAACUGGAAUUGUAUGUAGAAGGCCUACAGGAUUAUGAAGCUGCUCUUAAGAUUGAUCCAUCCAACAAAAUCGUACAAAAUGAUGCUGAGAAGAUUCGGAAUAUAAUUCAAGGAACAGAACUAGAAUCUAAAUGA